GGUAUAGCCUCUCCCUGGAGGAACGCGCCCUUAAAGAGAAGGCAGCGACGCUGACAUCACUGAGAUGUGCGAAUUUGAUAAAUUGUGAUCAAAUGUUAAUAUACUGUCUGUAUUGUGUGUCAAUAACAACUUUUACAACAUGAGUUCAGAUUCUGUCAUUUUGUUGGAGACGGUUAACUUCGCUGCUGAAAAGCACCGCAAUCAACGACGUAAGGAUGCUGAACAAACACCAUAUAUCACCCACCCAAUAGGAGUGGCUAGGAUCCUAAGCCAUGAAGGUGGGAUCACAGACAUUGAAGUUUUGCAAGCAGCUUUGCUCCAUGACACAGUGGAGGACACUGACACCAGCAUAGGAGAACUACAGAUCAUCUUUGGGCAAACGGUGGCGCGGCUCGUCCAGGAAUUGACAGACGACAAAGCACUGUCCAAGGAGGAGACAAAGCGUAAGCAGGUGGAGUAUGCACCUCAUGCCAGCCACCAGGCCAAGCUGGUCAAACUGGCUGACAAACUAUACAACCUGAGGGACAUCAACCGCAGCACGCCAACAGGUUGGUCGGCAGAUCGUGUUCAGGAGUACUUUGUGUGGGCAGCCCAGGUAGUGAGAGGACUGAGGGGGACCAACCCAGCACUGGAGAGACAACUAGAGGAGCUCUUCAAGCAGAGGGGGGUUGAGCUUUGACACCUCUCUACUUCUGAUACAGGGUGGCACAACAGAGCAACUCUUGAUGCACACUUUUUGUAAAGAGUAAGGCUUUAAGCAAAUUAUUUUUGUUAGCUUCUCCAUGGAAUAUACUUUUAUAUACUCUUAGCUCUCACGAGGAAAAGGCCCACUUACUUUGGAUGUAUUUUUAUGGAUGAUUUGAUUCUUCAUUUUAAGUACAGUGAUUUGUAUACAUUGUGUGUUCCUAUAGGAAAACCAACAAUGUCACCUUGAGUUCCUGCUGUAUUGACUAAAGGAAUGCUAUGCACUCGUAAUGGUGAACAUUGUUCAAUUAUAAUAUUUCAUGGUGAUGCAGAACCUGUAACUACUCUGUCAUGUCACACUGAACUAAAAUACAUUUUUGUAUAGAUUUUUUUUGUGUGUGUGUGUGUGUGUGAUUUAUUUUUGUAAGUAUAUAAAUGUAGGGGGUUAGGGAUACAAUUAGCUAUACAUUAAAAUGGUGAUAUGUAAAUUA